AAGGAGAAGUAAUUCAUUCGGUAGUGUUGUAGCAAGACGGAAGUGUGACUCUGUGUUUGGAGCUUGGCCUGGUCAAGAAACGAGACAUUGUCACGAUUGUAUACAAUAAUACAUUCAAUAUAUUGAUCUGAGAAACACACCAUGGCUUUGAAAAGAUUAUCAAAGGAAUUGAAAGAUAUCACAUCAGACCCCCCUGCUGGUUGUUCAGCUGGCCCUGAGACAGAGGGAGAUUUAUUCAACUGGAAAGCAUCGAUACAAGGACCAGAAGAUAGCCCAUACCAAGGAGGACUCUAUUUUCUAAAAAUACAGUUCCCAACAGAUUAUCCUUUUAAACCCCCUAAAGUUUCGUUCACAACAAAGAUUUACCAUCCAAAUAUUAACAGCAAUGGCAGUAUUUGUCUGGACAUUCUCAGAUCUCAAUGGUCACCAGCCCUAACUGUAUCAAAAGUCCUGUUGUCCAUAAAUGCCUUGAUGACAGACCCAAACCCUGAUGACCCACUUAUGCCAGAAAUCGCCAAGAUCUACAAGACAGACCAAGCCAAAUACAACAAAAUGGCUAGAGAGUGGACCAAAAAAUAUGCCAGUUAAUGGACAGUGGACUAGUACAGCUCAGCUGCCUAGGAUAUAGACUUUGAACUGUGAUAUGAAAAAAAAAGCUUGUGGACGGUUGAAAGUAUUCGUGUAGUCUUUUUUUUAUUAAGUACUCAAAGUAACAGUGUUUACUUUAAAUGCAUGGUUAUGUGUUGUCUUCUCUUUUUUUUUUGAAAGUUAUCAUUUCAUUUUUUUCCACAUUUUUCACUGAUUUACAUGAUUGGUUUUCAUGUGAACUUUGAAUCUUUUUUUUUUUUUAAAUUUGAUCAAUAUUUUGUAGUUUUAAGAAAAAAGUGAUGCAAGUGUAUUUUUUGUGCAUUUUUUGCAGAAUGCCAAGAUUUUCCUUGUAAUUUUUUUUUUCGGAAAAUACAUGUAUGUAGAUUAAUGUCACUGUCAAAUUUAUAAAGUAUUUGAGUUGAGUUCAAGUGAACUGCAUAUUUUUUAUUUUUACUUGUUUGUGACAAAUUUGAAUUUGCAAUCAGGAAAUUUUUGUUAUUUGCUGAAAAAAAAAAUCAUUCAUUUCUGCAUAAUACUGGUACUUAAAUUAUUUUCUCUUUAUGCGUGUGUUUGUAUGUGUAAA